AUGCACUUCUUGUUUCUCGCCGCGUUCGUUGGCGCAGCUCCCCAUAAUAAAAUAUUGAGAGGCGUGAUCAUGAAGUCACUAGUUGUUCCUCGAGCUAUCCCCCUUCCCAUCCCACAUCCCCCUCACCCUGAAAAGCAUGAAAAGCAUGAGAAGUAUCCAAAGCAUACCGAGUACCAUAAGAAAGUGGUCUAUAAGACAGUCACUGCCACGACCACUACGUACGAUAUUUGUACCGUGAAAAAACCACCACCUACUUGCUAUGAGAAGACAACCAAAUACGACCCAACCACCGUAUACGCGAAAACCACUGUCACUUUGCCAACCACCGUUUCUCUGAAACUCUCAGCGUUGACACAAACAACGAUAAUUGAAAAGGGAUUCCUUUUCACACUCGUCAAUUAUUCGACCAUAAAGACUUCUUCUUCACACGGAUAA